ACAUUCCACGAGCGAAUCCAAUUUCGCGCAAUGGCCCAACACUUUCUUGGCAGACUGGUUGAUGUGCUUUGCUGCCUUCUACCGGUCGCCACUCAAUUAUGUGCGUCAAACAAGCAGUCUCGAUUAAUAAGCACUUCAAGCCUCACAUCAGGGGCCGAUGUAUUUUACGCUUGCGGUCUUCUCGUUCGUCACUGUGCUGGUCUUAUCUAUCAGCCUCCUGGCACUCUUGGACCAGUCAUUUCAGCUGCCCCAUCUAGUGUUUCUAAUCCUGGUUCAUGCACUUCCGACCCCGUAUGCAGUUUGGAACGCUUAAUAAAUGCAGCCCUAUUGCCUCGUAGCCUGCUCGCUUUGGACAAAACUCGUCGCGAUGAACCGGGGCGAAUGCCUCGAGGUCAUGCUGCUUCCCGUCUUGGUUCUGUCCAGGACACCGUUGUUAAAUCUUCUUAUAUUUCAACAGAAAAGAGUCUAUCUCAAGAGCAGAUAGAUGGCAUGAAAGACAACUUACCACUCGUGAGCGCUAAUAAAUCGUAUCAGAAUUCUUUUUUUUGA